AUGGAUACGAUACAGCCACAAACUCUGGACACCAUGUACAAGCGACUGGAUUGGCAUUUCUACCACAUUGCUUUUACAAAUCAAGAACGACGAUCAAAAAUUCGCAUUAAGAGCGAUAUUUCCCAGAACCUCUUCAACGACAUUUGCGAACUCAAGGCUCGAUUCGCAGAACUUCCGCCGUUGCCGCCACGGCUCCCCCGACCAGACUACGCCAUUGAAAAUGGAUUGCUAAACCCUCAAGAUACAGCUGAAAUCGACUUCUAUUGUGCCUGUAGGAUGGGCUAUCGGGAUGACGUCGAAGCGUAUGUUCGGAAGGUGAUGCCAAGCCACGCUGUCCGUCAGUUCGGCCUCCAGAUGGCUUCUUUCGGCAACCAGCCUUCAAUCGCCCGUUACUUGCUCCAGAUAGGUACAAAACUGCACGGCUACGUCUUUGAAGGCACGGAACCGGGAUCGAAGCGAAGACAGAUCCUCAAGGGCGCCUCUAUCUUCCAGGUUUAUCCCAAAGGGGACGUAUUGAUAUCAUUGCUGCAGACCUUCGUUGAAGCGGGCUGGCAUACGAACCAAGCUUGGGAGACUACGCAGGACACUUGGCCCGUCUGGCCAUUCUUUUAUCCUUCUUGCGUAUGGAACACGUUAUUAGUCAGGUUCCUCCUCUCGCAUGGCGCAGACCCUAACAUCGGAUCUUGCUGGCCAGAUCUCCAAGCUCUGCAUGGACUUCAAGAGAGAUUAGACUACUCGUUGGAGAUUCCUCUCCAUCGUCAGAGCACCUGGACUUUUGAGCUGGCGAUCGAGGGUUGCGAUCCUGCAGCGUUUGAGAUGCUCAGAGCCAGCAGCGGCUUGCCUGUCAAAGUCGCCAAUCUGAGCCCAUUGUUUAUCCUUGCACUGUCUACGGUGAACCACGAAUCCAAGAGGAGCAAUGGCCAGUCGGUAUCGUCCGACUUUUCACCGUUGCUUGGGCUUCGUGCUAUUGCGGAGCACAUAUUAAUCUUCAAUAACGUCGACAUUGACAGAAUCAAGAUCAUGGAGAAUGGAGAAAAACAGACAGACCUGACAUGCGCGUGUUCGAUAGGAAACUGGGACUUCGUGCAGUGGCUUCUGGAGAAGGAAGCUGACCCAUUAUUGCUUGAUGAGAAGGCGUUUGACUACAAUCGCGAACAAUUGAAAUGGCUGAUGAAAAGUAUGGCGGCUGCGAACCCGGCAAGAGCCACACGGUUCGGGAACCAAAAGGCCAUGUCAAAUUUGCAAAUCCAACGGGAGGGAUAG